AUGUCGCAAACAACGUCUGAAAAGACCGAUACCAUCACGCCGGCUCCAGCCCGCAGCAGUGAGAGCAUCGAUGCCGGCAAACUGGAGAACACCGAGGAUGCCUACGAGGUUUUCAAGAGGGGCGAAGGGACGGUUGAUUUCCGUACCGUCGGUUGGAUUCACGCCUCAGUUAUUUUCCUAAAGGUCAUUUUUGCAACAGGCGUGCUUACAAUUCCGUCCGCAAUGUUCGUUCUCGGAGCGCUUCCAGGUGCCAUCAACGUUCUGGGCUGGCAGUUUCUGAACACUUAUUGUGCCAUAAUCCAAGGCAACUUCCGCAACGCCCACGCCGGUUGCCAUUCCAUUGCUGACAUGGCCAACGUCGUUGGUGGCACCUGGCUGAAGGAGGUCGUGGGGGUCUUGUUCCUCGUUACCUACGCCAUUGUCGGCGCCUCGGGGAUCUUUGGUACAUCGGUCGCCUUCAAUGCGCUCUCCAACCACGCUAUUUGCACGAACUCAUACAUGUUGGUUGCGACCGCCUGCGUUUUCAUUCUUGCAAGUGCUCGCAAGUUUGAAAAGAUCGCCUGGUUGACUUGGGCUGGCUUUAUCUCCGUCUAUGUCGCUGUAUUCAUUGUCGUUGUUGGAGUGACGCAAGUCGAUCGGCCUGCCGCUGCCCCCAAGACGGGUGACUUCGACCUCGGAUACCACGUCAUCGGAAACCCGAACUUUGUCACCGGUAUCACUUCUGUUGCUACCAUCUUUUGCUCCGGUGCGGGAACAUCAGCUUUUCUUCCAGUUAUCUCCGAGAUGAAGAAGCCCAGAGACUACAACAAGGCCGUCUACUUAUGCAUGGGAAUUGUCACCGCCUCCUACCUUACCUUUUCGCUUGUCGUCUACCGCUACUGCGGUCAAUGGGUUGCCUCCCCAUCUCUUGGAAGCGCUGGUGACACCAUCAAGAAGGUAUCCUACGGUAUCGGUUUGAUUGGUCUUAUGGUCAGCGCUUGCCUCUACAUUCACGUUGCUGCCAAAUAUCUCUUCGUUCGCCUUCUCCGCGACUCGGUCCACCUUCAGAAGAAUUCGGUUGUCCAUUGGUCGGUCUGGCUUGCUUGUACCCUUGGCAUGUCAGUUGUCUCGUACCUUUUGGCGUCCGGCAUCCCUAUCUUCAACUAUCUCCUCGCCUUGGCCGGAAGUUUGACAUUCGCGCCGUUGGCUCUCGGCCUCCCAGGCUAUCUUUGGGUUUAUGAUCACCAGCACUACCGCCAAGGAAGCUGGUGGAAGGUUAUGGUCUACUGGCUCAACUGGCUCAUGAUUCUUUUGGCUGUGUUCUUGACCAUUGGUGGUACAUAUGGCGUCGUCCAAAACAUCAUUGACGCCUACGCUAAUGGUUUAAUCGGAGGAGCGUUUUCUUGCGAGGACAACAGUGGCUCUUCAUGA